ACGCGAAGGCACCACGAGAGAAGACAACUAUAUUCGCGAGUACGAUAAAACGUCACGUGUCCCGGUACAGAGAGAAAGAGAGAGAGAGAGAGAGAGAGGUAUAUAUUCGCGUGAUAACGCGCUCUCUCGGGUUCGAUGCGACGUGAUAGUACACCCCAAGACGGUCGACGGACGUGGAGAAACCGUGGGAGGCUCGGACGCGUAGCCAGCCAGAACCAGCCAGCUAGCCAGCCGAGCUCCGCGCCGCGCCACUCUCCUCCUCGAAUAUACCCGCGUCCGCCUGACCCGAGAGGGAGACUCCAGUAAGCUCGGAGCUUUCAACCGGUCCGCAUCAUAUCCCGCGCUUGAUAACACCGCGGUCGCGUCUCGCGUCCCGGCGCGAAACGCAGCCGUCACGCGAUUAUAAUAUAGUACACCUGCGUGAUCCUCUUUCGCGAAAUUAUCCUCUUCUCCGGACUUGUUCUGAAAUUAGAAUGAGAAAGCUCGAGUGGGGUCUCUUCAGGACACAAUUUGCGGAGCUGGGGAUCUUGCAACGUGACAUUAACAAGACGGGGUGACUCCAGGGGGAUGAUUCCAAGAUCUCGAAGAGAUCGAUUCUAGACGUCGGUCGCCAGCUGACCUGUGCAAAGAUCCAAGACCUUCGUCUCUAGAUAUUUUUCUCUUAUAGGCGAGCAAUAUUGUGAUUCGAUGACGGGAGAAGGAUGAGAACGAAGAGGAGCAGUUCGCGAGGAAGAUGCGCCGACGAUCGCGCGAGAGAUCGGAGCGAUUCUACGAUAAAUAACUCAUCGUGGAGAGAAGGAGCGAGGGUAGGGCUUUUCUAUUUGUGAGGCCGACGACGUGGGGACGAUCGAAGCCGCGUGCGGAGGAGGCGAUGAUCUCGCUCCCGGAAGCGCUCGGAGAUCUUCUCGUUUAGAGUUCACAGCGAUCACGCGCGAUCGCGACGAUCUGCCUUUGAUGGAGGAUAAAAGGGGAUUUUUCAAUCAGCUGAUCAGUUUCGCACGUAAUACGCUUAAAAGGAAAUUAAUUGACAGAGCGAAGGAGCGAAGAUUAAAAUUUAAUUAAUUUCGGAAAAUAAUGCAAUAAGUAGGUGGCUUUAAGGGAAGAUCGCGAUUUGGCGAACGACAUCGGAUCGAGAUGGAGAACACGCCGUAACGCGGAUAUAAUAUAUCGAACGUUGCGACGAACUUGAACGUGAAAAAAAAAAAAAAAAAUACGCGAGUCACACGAGUAUAUGCGUCUGCGUGUUCGCACGACGGCGUUUCGCAUCUCCGAAUUUCGCUAAACGGUGAGACGGUCGCGCUUUCAAUUCGGUCGAUCGCGAUUCAAUGCCUUCGGCAACGAGAGGAAAACGUUACGAAAAUACAGUACUUCCACACGCUUGCCAAGAGAGGAAUAUCGACGCGACUACAGGAAUAUAUGCUUGCUAUAAGAGGAAAUUUCAAAUAAAAAUGAAACAAGUGCGCGACUUUUGUGCGACAUUCCAUGUGCGUUCGAUGACGCUUAUUUAAAAAAUUAAUUAAUUAAUUAAUUAAUAGUGAGUUGAAUUUUUCCCCGGAAAAUGGUCACGGUCCGCUGAAAUAUAAUGUCCCUUCGACGAAGGACUCGCGAUUGUAUGUGAAGAGGAACGAGCUUUCACGUGCAACGGGAAACCACGAGUGACAUUUUGCAGGAGUGAUGGCUAUUUCGGGCCAGACACGCGGGUGUACUGCAUUUAUAAGACGAUCCUCACGAACGGUUUACCGCAGGUGAGCGAUGCAGGUGUCUGUGUUUGCGUUUUGCGGUCGAGUUGGCGUAUUUACUCUCGGUAUUAUAUUCGAAUUUUUUCAGAUUCAAAUUUUCGGGACUCGCAAAGAUAACACCGGAAAACGAUGAGAUGUGAAGCCUUUUCAUUCGCACGGCUCUCGCGGCAGACAUAACUGAACGUUCCUAUUGCGCUCGAUGCACGUUACAUUAAGCUCAAGGUGAUAUGGAAGCGGAAGACGAAGUGGAUGACGAGUUGUCGGAGGCUGCCGACACGGAAGCGAAUCACAACAACAAUCUCGAGAAUUUCGAGACGAUGAAGAUCUCUACAAAACCGGUGUCCGAGAGGACACCGGAGAAAAACGACUGUCUUUUAGUGCGCUCGUCCAAUCCCGAACAAUCGGAAAACGUCGAUUCCGUCGACGAUAGUCCCGGAAAGUUAAAAACGUCCGCGCGACCAAAAUCAAAAGUAUCUCUAAGUACAAGCACAAAGACUGACGUAAAGGAGGCUGAAAUUGUCAAGCUGUGCAGAAGCAAGAAAGUCAGCUGUCAGGACACCAUACACGAGUACGAUGAGGACGACAACCUCACUAUGGAUAGAGUUGGAAGGUACCUGGAGGCGAAUCCCGCUCUAGUCGAAACGUGGAUGCGGGAGAAAGCGAGCCUUCAGCUUCGGCAAAGAUUACAAAACACGUAUAUGCUGCAACCGAUAACACCAAGCGCGCCGCGCGUGCAGCAAGAGGAGAGUCUUCUCAAUCGGGGCAAACGCAACAGCGUUACCUCCGAUCUCUUUCAAACAUGGUUGGCCUCGAGUUCACCUGCGAAGCGCAGCAGGAGUCCCAACAGAACUCAUACGUCGAUGAAGGGUCGUCGCGAGGAGCUUGGCAAGCUGGACGAGAGCGAUUUGUUUAUGGAACUAAUAAGGGACGUGGCGAACGAGCUGGACAUAAAUAUCCUCUGUCAUAAGAUUUUGGUGAAUGUCGGCCUACUCACUCAUGCCGAUCGCGGCAGUUUAUUCCUGGCUAAGGGACCCCUGGACGAGCGAUACCUCGUGGCAAAACUGUUUGACGUCAGACAGGACACAGAGCUGGAGGAAGCCAUUCAACGGGCGAAGAACGAGGAGAUCAAAAUACCGUUCGGAGUCGGUAUCGCCGGUUACGUGGCGCAUACCAAGGAAAUUAUCAACAUUAAGGAUGCUUAUAAGGAUCCGAGAUUCAACAGCGCCAUCGACAUGCGAACCGGAUAUAAAACGACGUUGAUCCUAUCGAUGCCGAUCUGUAAUUACGAGGGCGACGUCAUCGGAGUCGCUCAAAUCAUCAACAAGACAAACGGCAGCAACGAAUUCACCGACAGAGACGUCGAGGUGUUUCAAAGAUACCUCACGUUCUGCGGUAUCGGCAUACAGAACGCGCAAUUAUUCGAGCUGUCCGUGCAGGAAUACCGGCGCAAUCAGAUACUUCUCAAUCUGGCGAGAAACAUAUUCGAGGAGCAAAACAAUCUCGAGUGUCUUGUCACGAAGAUCAUGACCGAGGCGAAGGAGCUCCUCAAGUGCGAAAGAUGCGCCGUUUAUUUGCUCGACUUGGAUUGCGGCGAAGCAGGGCAUCUCGAGAAAAUCGUCGAGCGGCCCGGGAAAUCGGUGCAAGAGAGCAGAAAGCCGUUGUCGAGAAGAGAGGCGGCUCAGAGCAACAACAUCGACAUGGAGGACAUUUUUCAACAACACACAUCGACCGAAGGCACCAAAUUCACUAUGGUCUUCGAGAUGGAGAACGAAACGCAAGAGGCCCGAGUCUAUCGACCAAGCAACAACGACCUAUCGAGUCCCUUGGGACAGAUCGCGAGAUACGUCGCCGCGACGGGGCAGAUUCUCAAUAUUGGUGACGUCGCCACGUGGUUGAAGAAAGACGUAACGGAGAGCGGGAGGAAACCCAUUAGGAGUAUCCUGUGCAUGCCGAUCGUUAACGGACAGAGAAUCGUCAUCGGAGUUGCUCAAUUGAUCAACAAGGAUAACGGCACGUCUUUCACCGAUUCGGACGUGUCGAUAUUCGAGGCGUUCGCCAUCUUCUGCGGUCUCGGCAUUCAUAAUACACAAAUGUACGAGUCCGCGUGCAAGCUGAUGGCGAAGCAAAAGGUGGCCCUCGAGUGUCUGAGUUAUCACGCGACCGCCAACAACGAUGACGCCCUGCGACUUGUCUCCGACACUAUACCGUCCGCAGAAAUAUAUAAUCUCUACAGUUUCACGUUCAUCGACUUUGAUCUCACCGACGACGACACGUGUCGCGCCACCAUCAGAAUGUUCAAACAGUGCGAUCUCAUACAGAAGUUUCACAUACCAUACGACGUCUUAUGCAGAUGGAUUCUUAGUGUGAAGAAAAAUUAUAGGCCAGUAAAGUAUCACAAUUGGCGGCACGCGCUAAACGUCGCGCAGACAAUGUUCGCGAUGCUGAAGACGGGCAAGAUGGAGCAAUUCAUGACCGAUCUGGAAAUUCUCGGCCUUCUGGUCGCCUGUCUCUGUCACGAUCUGGACCAUCGCGGUACCAACAACGCAUUCCAGACGAAAACGGAAUCGCCAUUGGCGAUUCUGUACUCGACUAGCACGAUGGAACACCAUCACUUCGAUCAGUGCGUCAUGAUCCUGAAUUCGGACAGCAACAAUAUCUUUCAGAGUUUGUCUAUGGAGGACUACAGACGCGUAAUGAAGGUCGUAGAAAGCGCUAUCCUAUCAACCGAUCUGGCGAUGUAUUUCAAGAAGAGGAAUCGUUUCAUGGAAGUGAUCGACGAGGGUGAAUUCGAUUGGCAGAGCGAGGAGAAGAAAGAGCUACUAUGCGGCAUGAUGAUGACAGCGUGCGACGUGAGCGCGAUAGCGAAGCCCUGGGACGUGCAGCAUCGCGUCGCGAAGCUGGUUGCCGACGAGUUCUUCGACCAAGGCGAUCUAGAGCGUUUACAGCUCAAUCAGCAACCGGUGGCGAUGAUGGACCGCGAGAGACGGGAUGAAUUACCGCAGAUGCAGGUCGGCUUCAUCGAUGUCAUUUGCCUGCCGCUCUACAAGGUCCUGGCGGAGACGUUCCCGUGGAUAUUACCGCUUUACGAAGGUACCAUGGAGAACCGGAAGCACUGGCAGGACUUGGCGGAGAAGGUCGAGAUGGGACUGACGUGGAUCGAUCGCGACACAAUCGAGGAACCGGUGGAGGAAUUUGUCUCUUACGAACCCAGGGAUAUCGAAUUCACGGUAACGACACUGAACUGCGCUCACCCCGACAAAAGGGAACAAGUGCCGGAGAAGUCGACGCUCGGUAGAUUCGCUUCAUUGAGGAAGAGCGGGCGUACUCUGAGCAAAGGAGUCCGACAUCGCAUCAGCAGAUCUCUCUACGCUAGAAGUAGCUCGGAGGACGCCGGUAAAUCGAAAGCUUUGCUUCCGGAAAGAAAGAAUCGGAACAAACUGUGCCUGCUCAUUUGACGGCUAACUUCAACGACGCUCGAAAGUAUUCCCGAAUGAUGCCAUGUUAAUGGCCGAUGAUAUGUAUUCCCAAAGACAUAUUUCAAUACACGUCGCAGCUUCCAGAUUGUGGAAAAUGAUAUCUGUCGGUGCGACUGUUUGGAAGAAAUUUGACAGAUACUCUAUGGAUUAAUGUGACUAUCCUUGAGAAAAAAGCUUUAGAAUGAACUUCUUAGAAAUUGCUUUUAAGGGGAUAAGACUAUCUGCUCCAAUAACGCAAUCGAAUUACUCUCGAUGAGUGAAUAAUGCCGAAAAAAUUGUUUUAAAAAAUGUUUAAGCUACUUUUGUAGUAGCGAGAUAUAUUUAUGGGAAAUGAAUCCUUUUCAAAAACUUGCAAAAAAGAAAAGAAUAUAAAUAUAAAAGAAUGUCGAUAUCUGCAAAGUUGUCAUUUACUUUACUUAUAUUUUUGCAAUUUAAAAUAAUCGUUUAAUAAAUUUAAAAUUGAUCAAU